AUGCAGGCCACCACUUACGAAAAAUGGGAGAAUGAAACAGGCAUCACAGAAUUCAUCCUGUUGGGAUUUGGAAAACUUGAAGCGUUCCAGUUGCUUCUUUUUCUCGUGUUCAUUGUAAUUUACAUUACGACUCUAACUGGAAACAUCCUAAUUGUGAUCCUUGUUGCAUCGGAUCAGCACCUCCACACUCCCAUGUACUACUUCUUAGCAAAUUUGUCCUGCUUGGAAGUUUGCUACAGUUCAACCAUCCUGCCCAAGAUGCUUACAGCUUUUCUAACAGGUGACAAAUCCAUUUCUUUCUGUGGAUGUUUCACACAACUUUUUUGCUUUGGUUGCCUUGUCAUUGUUGAAUGUUACCUCCUGUCAGUGAUGUCUUAUGAUCGAUAUAUUGCCAUCUGCAAACCACUUCGUUAUGUGACUAUUAUGAAUGGCAGGGUCAUUUUUCAUUGCAUGGCAGCAUCUUGGCUAUGUGCAGCAUCAAUUUUGGUUAUCAUCAUAAGUCUGGUGUCACAAUUACCAUUUUGUGGCCCCAACGAAAUUGACCAUUUCUUUUGUGAUUUGGCUCCGCUGCUCCAACUCUCUUGCAGUGACACAAGCCAUGUUGCAUUGUUAGCUCUGAUAUUUGGGUCAAUUGAUAUCCUACCCCCAUUCAUAUUAACCAUCUCAUCUUACGUUUGCAUCAUUACUGCCAUCUUGCGAAUUCCAUCCACCACUGGGAGACAAAAGGCAUUUGCCACAUGUUCCUCCCACCUCAUUGUGGUCACCAUUUUCUAUGGAACUCUAAUGAUUGUCUAUAUUUUACCAAACACUAAUGGACUCAGAGAUCUUAAAAAGGUAUUUUCGGUCCCCUACACCAUCCUGACUCCCAUGGUCAACCCUCUCAUAUACAGUCUGAGAAACAAAGAAGUGAAGGAGUCUUUGAAGAAGGCUCUGAGCAAAUUCAUUAGUUUCAAUGAAAAAGAGAGAUGA